AACAAACAGAUUCUGGCAGACAGUCUUCUUCGCGAAGCAACUGCUACCUACAAGUUUUGUGCAAGAGCCUUUUUUGUUUCUUCGAUAAUUUUUCGGUCAGUCAGUUCUUUUACCACUUUCGUCGGAAGCGCAAAAGAACCCAGGAAAUGAGGUUCAUCGGGCCGUGAGUUUAGAACAGUGGAGUGCGCUCUUCGAUUGUCCCAUACGGUGGAAGCAACCAGCUUCGGGUUUUCAUUCAACAUCUUUUUCGCCAAGAUUCACCAAGAGGGUGGUUCAUUGUGGAAUCUUGAAGAAAAUCUGGAUCAGCUUGUGUCGUGACGUGCAUCCUGAAAGAGGGAACAAAAUGCCUGUGUGUGAAUACUAGUUUUUUUUUUGUGUGCGUCGUAUUAUUCAUUGCUGCUGCUGGCCAGAAUCGACUAGCAGAGAAAAAGGUAGCAGGAGAAAGGAAUAAAAAAUCACCAAUCAAUAACGGCGAAGAGUGAAGAAAAAGUAGUUGUGCUCUGUUGGGCGAAGCUCCCCCUUUUUUUUGGAGCGUUGAGUGUGAAGUGCAACAUUGAUGGGUGGUUACAAAUUUUAUUGGCGAAUGUAAAAUUAUUCAAAGGUGAAAAUCUCUACCCUGUGUGCUAGGAAAUAAAAGUGGUGGGUGGGGGUGCCUGAGAUCUGAGGCGAGAACUCAGUGGAGGAAUUUUGUUGGAUCUUGGCGGAUGGCGACCACUGGUGGACCGGGUGCCCCAGCCCGCAACGGUAUCAAGGAUGCAAACGGGCCCCGAGUGGUGACGAUCCACAAGACGGAAACCGGUUUCGGAUUCAAUGUCCGGGGCCAAGUCAGCGAGGGUGGCCAGUUGCGGUCGAUCAACGGGGAAUUGUAUGCUCCGCUGCAGCAUGUUAGUGCCGUAUUGGAUAAUGGAGCCGCUGAGCUAGCCGGCAUCAAAAAGGGCGACCGGAUUCUGGAAGUAAAUCACGUAAACGUAGAAGGUGCAACACACAAGCAAGUAGUUGAUCUCAUCAAAUCUGGCGGAGAUACGUUGACACUAACGGUGAUAUCAGUGACUCAACAGGAAGCAGAGCGUCUCGAGCCCACUGAUGAUCCUGGCGGAUAUUCCUACAUUGACUACUCGGAGAAACGCAGCCUACCGAUUAGCAUUCCCGACUACAAUAUCAUCCACCGGGGAAGCGAACGCUUCGUCGUGUUCAACAUUCACAUGGCUGGAAGGCAGCUGUGCUCCCGCCGGUACAGGGAAUUUUCCAACCUACACCAGGUACUGAAAAAGGAAUUCACGGGCUUUAACUUCCCCAAGCUGCCCGGAAAGUGGCCAUUCCAACUCAGUGAGCAGCAACUCGAUGCACGACGGCGUGGCUUGGAGCAGUAUUUGGAAAAAGUGUGCGCCGUGCGGGUGAUCGCCGAAAGCGAUGCGGUGCAGGAGUUUCUCACCGAUUCGGAGGACGACAUCGCGGCCUCCCCGGUGGACAUCAAAAUUAUGCUACCGGAUCACAACGUUGUGACCGUAUCGGUACGCAAGUCAGCCAACGCGCAACUAGUCUGGGAGCAAUUGGUACAACGAGCGAGUUUGACCUCGUACACGCAGCAAUAUUUUUACCUGUUUGAGAUUGUCGAGUAUAACUUCGAGCGGAAGCUACAACCGCACGAGAUUCCCCAUCAGUUGUACGUUCAGAACUACAGUACGGCAUCGAGCACCUGCCUAUGUGUCCGCCGGUGGUUGUUUUCCAUCGAGCGGGAAAUGACACUGCCCACCGGGGAGCAAGCUGCCAAGUACAUCUUCUAUCAGGCCGUGGACGAGGUAAACCGGGGUAACAUCCGUGCCGACGGGCGUCUCUACGAACUAAAAGCACUGCAGGACUCGAAAAAAGCCGACGAGUAUUUGUCUCUGGCGAGAACCCUGCCCGGCUACGGGGACAUUGUGUUCCCUCACUGCGCAUGCGAUAGCCGCAAGGAAGGCCACGUCGUGCCGGCUGUCGGCAUGAAAAGCUUCCGGUUGCAUGCGUGCCGGGAGGAUGGUGCCCUCGAGGUACAAACCGUGGAAUUGCAAUGGAACACCAUUUCGCGCUGGGAAAGUGACGAGGAAUCGAUGGCAUUUUGCUUCCAGUACAGUAGAUCUGACAAACCGCCGCGAUGGGUGAAGGUCUUUACGCCAUAUCACGCAUUUUUGGCAGAUUGUUUCGAUAGGAUAAUGGAAGAACGAUCCUGGGAUGACACCGGAGAGUAACUUACUUGACAAGAAUCCGUUUAUGGAGCUUCUUUCGAGUAAGAAGAAGGGAGGAUAUAGCAUAGCAAUUAGACAAAUUAUAUAUCUCCUAAUAUAAUUUAUUUGUAAACCAAUCAAAAGGUCCUAUUGACAAAACAAGAACAUUGAUCUAGUGCAGGACGUCACGAAAUAGUGAAUAAAGGUGACGCCAUUUUCUGUAGCUCCAAUAUUAAUUUGAUAAUAAUGCAAGUUGGUGAAGAAAACAGUCGACGUAUUAUUGCCAAAACUUUUUCAGAAAAAGUAUAAUUUUCAAACAUCCGAAUGGUUUUGCUUAGUUACUAACAUACACUACUUCGUAAUAAUUGCGUCCUAACAAGAAAAAUAUAUGUGAUUUUAUCAAUCAAAAAGUAUGCAUAUUA